GUAAAUUAAGAAAAAAAGAAAAAAACACCGACCAAAAUGGCACACAGGUUUCCAUGAAUCAAAUCAUACAACACUUUUACUUGCUCCCCAAAUCUAACUCUCCUUCGUCCUCUGUUGCGGGCGGUUGUAGGGCUUCUCCGUCACCAUCACCAUCACCAUCACCAUCACCAUCGUAGGUAACUUUAUACACUUGAUCGUCUCAUUCGAAGCCCUAGUUAAUCAACACCGAUUCAUCUACAUAUCGUGUCUGUCUUUAUCUCCUCUUCUUAUUAUUGCAUUUUUAUACAUUCAUUCAUUCUCACAUAGCUUCAGAGAAAGGUUUUCAUUUUUAGCAGAGUGUCGGUGUACGUACACCAGACAAACCUAGGGCUAGGGUUUUGAUGCGUUGUUUCAGAUUGAGAUUAUUCGAGUAUGGCCAACAACCAUGGAUCCAAGUUUGUCUCUGUCAAUUUGAAUAAAUUGUAUGGGCAGCCUUCUCAUCAUAAUUAUCACUCUCAUACUGGCUCUUAUGGACCACCCGGUGCUGGCCCGAACCGUGCCCGACCUGCCAGUGCAGGAGGAGGUGGGAUGGUUGUUUUAUCUAGAAACCGUCCUUUGCAGAAGGCUAUGCCGAAAUUAUCUGUUCCGGCCCCCCUGAACUUGCCUUCGCUCAGAAAAGAAUAUGAGAAAACUGAUUCGUCGGGUGCGGGGGGAGGGGGGCCAGGUGCUGCUGGUUCAGGGACUGGUUCAAGACCUUCUUCAUCGGGUAUGGGCUGGACUAAACCCGGAAAUAUCGCUUUGCAGGAGAAGGAGGUUGCUAGUGACACUCUGGUUUCGGAGAAUGUGAAUUACUCUUCUGCGAAGGGAAGUGGUGCUUACAUGCCACCUUCAGCUAGGUUCGGAGGCGGAGAUACGCCUUCCGCUAAUCAUUCACUGGUAGAAAAAGCCAUGGUAUUGAGGGGAGAAGACUUUCCUUCUUUACGCGCUGCCUUACCUUCUUCGUCCGCCCCUGCGCAAAAACAAAAGGAAGGAUCUUUACAACCGGUGAAGAAAUUUGUUAGCGAGGAGUCGUCCAAUGAUGUAAGAGAUGCUUAUCAUUUUCACGCACCAGCUCCCAUGCAAUCAUCCCAUCGCAUGGCAAACGAUGUGAAUGAAAGUCCAAGACCAAACCGUGCACGCUUGGAUCAUGCUCUGAAGCAAGAGGACCCUCUCUCAUUCCUACGGCUGAAUCCAAGGUCUGACUGGGCUGAUGACGAGCGAGAUACAGGCCACCGGUUUGCAGGCAGAGAUCAAGACUUGCCAAAAAGUGAAGUUUAUUGGGAUAGAGAUCUUGACGUGCCUAGAAACAGCAUAUUGCCUCAAAAACCAUCUAGUAAUAUAUCUGAAAGGAAGGGUGCCACCUCUCAAGUCCUUAAAGCUGAGCCUUACCGAGAAACUAACUCCUGGAGGAGUUCUAUUCACAAAGAAAGACCUACUGGUGCCCAUGCUAUAAGUGACGGAACUGUGACAAACCAUUUUAGCAACAGUAAUACUCACCAUGGUGUAGUGACAGAAAACCGGGACCCUGCAUUUGUAAGAAGGGAUACUGGGCAAGGGAGACACUGGAAUCACAAUGUCGAAUAUUCUAAGAGCAGAAAUGAAGGUUACCAGAAUUCUACAGGGUCAAAAUCAGUUUUUUCGUUAGGUGGUAAAUCUUCAUUUUCAAAAAGUGAACGGACUUAUUUAGAUGAUUCUUUUCAGAAAGACUUCAGCUCAAGCGUUUAUGAUGAAAGAGAUCCGUUGACCGGAAACUUAGUUGGGGUGAUGAAAAGAAAGAAGGGUGUGAUUGAACAGACAGCUUUCCAUGAUCCUGUUAGGGAAUCGUUUGAGGCUGAGCUUGAAAGAGUUCAGAAGAUGCAGGAGAUGGAAAGACAGAGGGCGGUUGAAGAACAAGAAAGAGCACUGGAACAUGCAAGAAGAGAAGAUGAAGAGAGACGAAGGGUAAUAUUGGAAGAAGAAGAAAGGCGAAGAAGAAUGGAAGAGGAAGCGAAAGAAGCUGCUUGGAGAACAGAGCAAGAAAGAUUAGACGCCAUUCAGAAAGCCGAAGAGCAGAAAAUUGCUAGAGAAGAAGAAAAAAGGAGGAUGCUUCUAGAAGAAGAGAGGAGGAAACAAGCUGCCAAACAGAAGCUUCUAGAUUUGGAAGCCAGGAUGGCAAAACGAGGUGCUGAAGUUAGGAAAAGUGGUCCGGAUGAUGAAGUUCCGGUUGGUGGAAAAGACAGUGAUGCCUCAAUGGAUUCAGAUGUUGAUAACUGGGAAGUUAAUCAGAGAAUGGUGGAGAGAAUAACAACUUCAGCAAGUUCAGAUUCAUCUGCAAUGGACCGACCCUUUGAUCAGCCUCAGUUCUCUCGAGAAGCUUUAUCCGUGGAAAGAGGAAAACCCGUAAAUCCAUGGAAAAGAGAAGCAUUUGAAGUUGGAAGCAAUUCAUCCUUUUUACUUAACGAUCAAGAAAACGGUCAUCGUAGUCCGAGGAGAGAAGCACCUAUUGGUGGGAAAUCGUUUCCUAGGAAGGAGUUUUAUGGAGGUGGUUACAUGUCUUCGAGGUCUCCUGAUACUGAUAGACUUUCUCAUCUGGGAGGUCGAGAUCAUAGGUCGAAUUCUUUUGGGGAUGGAGAAUCUUAUGGAAGAAACAGAGAAAUCGAGUCCGAAUUUUAUGACAAUGUUGGUGAGAAUUAUGGUGAAGCUGGCUGGGGGCAAGGGCAUUCUCGUAGUGGCGCACGUUCUUAUUCAGAGCGGUUGUAUAUGAAUGCUGAGUCGGAUAAGCUUUAUUCAUACGGGAGAUCACGGUUUUCUAUAAAACAACCACAUGUUCUUCCCCCUCCCUCAUCAUCAUCAUCUGUUCUGAAAUCUUCAGUGAGAGGGGAGAAUACACUUUCUGCUCCGUCAAGUUCUCUAGAAUCAACUGCAAGAACAGGGAACUACGGUGGUGGUCCUCAAGAUAGUCUUCAACAGUCUGAUGAUCUUCAACAAGAUAUUAUGGUAGGGAACCUGGAGAAAAACGACACAUUAAGGUGCGAUUCACAGUCAUCUCUCUCGGUUUCAAGUCCACCUAGCUCGCCAAUUCAUCUGUCUCAUGAUGAGCUGGAUGGUUCGUGUGGCUCCGUUACACCAAUUGGAGGUGAACGGAAGGAAGUUGUGAAUGAUGAACCUGGAGAAGUGACAACAAUGGCAGCGUCAAAGUCUGUAUCAACUGAUGAAGAUGAAGAAUGGAAUAUUGAGAAUCAUGGUGAGAUGCAGGAACAAGAAGAGUAUGAUGAAGAUGAUGGUUAUAGUGAAGAAGAUGAAGUGCUUGAAGGACCUGAUGUCAACGGGAAUCUGACACAAGAAUUUGAGAAUUUGCAAAUCGAAGAGAAAAAUACCACUAAUGUAAUGGAAAAUUUUGUUCUGGGAUUUAAUGAAGGCGUUGAAGUAAGAAUUCCAGGUGAUGAAUUUGAGGAAGAUUCAAAAGCUGUUGGAAAUUCGGUUGAUGUUGCGGAAGUUUCUGCUGGUGGUUUAGAAAAACAGGCAGCAGUUGAACAUGAACAAACCCAAAAUGCCACUUCAUCUUCGGUUGAACAUGAACAUGUGUCUUCUUCAGGCCAGGCUACCUUACCUGUUCAACUACAGUUUGGGUUAUUUUCUGGCCCAACUCUCAUACCAUCACCAGUUCCCGCCAUACAAAUCGGGUCUAUUCAGAUGCCUCUUCAUUUUCCUCCACCUGCUGCUUUGUCAAUGGGCCAUGUACAUCCGUCACAACGACCCCCUCUUUUCCAAUUCGGUCAACUAAACUAUUCAUCUCCCAUGACUCAUCAACCGGUAUCUCUUGUUCAGCCAAACUUUCACCACACCCAAACCCAUUUUAAUCAGUUAUCUCAAGAAAAUUCUUCUAUCAACAUGAAAAGUGACGCUGGUUCAGCUAAUCUCUCGAAUAAUCAAAGUAAUCUUUCCCAUGCUUCUGAUAACAUAAUUGCAUCUAAACCAGUUAUACAAACUGAGGAAAGGGGUCAUGGCACAAGUAAUAAUGAUUCUCGGUGUCUUUCUACUGACAAAAAUGUACCAUUGCUAAAGGCCCCAGGCCCAUCAAAUAGGGGGAAGAGAACUGUGUACCCACCACGAAACUCGGGUCCAAGAUCAUUUCAAGCUUACGAGCCCAUGGGCUCUAACGAAUUUCAGAGGAAACAUCGGCGUCCAAUCCAAAGAACCGAGUUUCGAGUCCGGGACAAUACUAAUAACUCAGGGUUUGAUGACAAGCUAAAUAAUAGAGGUAUGGGGACUUCUACAAGAAGUGGGUAUAUGCGUCAAACAGGUUCUACUACAUUAAAGCGUGUAGUACAUGAAGCUGGGAUGAACAAUGAAAGCAAGCCUGAGAAAGAAACUUUAAUAACAAAAACUCAGACAGCCUCAUCUUCUGCUGAAAGCAACCAACAGAGGGACAUUGUUGAAGAAGAUAUUGAUGCGCCUUUACAAAGUGGUGUUGUACGUGUGUUUAAGCAACCGGGCAUUGAAUGCUUAAGUGAUGAAGAUGACUUCAUAGAAGUUAGGUCAAAACGACAGAUGCUGAAUGAGCGGCGAGAACAGAGAGAAAAAGAAAGUAAGCAACCGCGAAAAGCUCGUGUUACUUCAACUGGUCAUAAGAAUAAACUUUCUGCAUCAUUGGCUGGUGAACCAUCAAACAACAACCGACCUGACGUUGGCUUGGUGAAAAAAGAACACACUGUUGAUUUUUCAACAAUGGCUUCUCAACCGGUGGCACCAAUUGGCACGGCUACUGUGGACAGUGAUGUUCAGACGGAAAUAAGAUUGCAUACUAGCAAGACCCUCCAAAGCGGAUCAGCAUUAUCUGGUGCUGCAGCAGAUCAUGAUUCAAAUCUUACGUUUCAGACUGAAAAUAAAGUUGAAGAAAACGUUCAAACGUCUUUGGGCGACUGGGGUAAUGCACGUUCGGAUCAACAGGUCCCCUUAACUCAGAUACAACUUGACGAGGCGAUGAAACCUUUAAGCUUCAAUACGACACAUAUACCAUCCAUUGGCGAUCAUACCACAUUGGUCAAUGAACCCAUUUUGUCAUCUUCAUCAAUCUUGACAACGGGGAAAUCAGUUUCAUCUUCUUCAAGCCCAAUCAAUUCUCUGCUUGCUGGGGAAAAAAUUCAGUUUGGGGCAGUUACCUCCCCAACAAUACUUGCUCCGAGUAGCUGUGUUGUUUCACAUGGGAUUGGGGCCUUCCAUUCUGACGUUACUCAAACUACUCAAAAUAUUACAAAAGCAGAAAAUGAUGGUAAUGUUUUCACAAGCAAAGACGCGCAUCCCACAGAAGAUUGCAAGGCUGAAGUAGAAGCUGCUGUGGCUGCUGUUGAUACGGAUGAGAUUGUUAGCAAUGGGUUGGGUCGCGUUUCAGUUUCAGGGACAGAAAGUUUUGGAGGUGCAGUUGAGGGUAUCCAAGGAGGAUUGGGUGGGGAUCAACAAUCUGGAAGUCAAUCUAAGCCUGAGGAAUCACUUAGUGUAUCACUGCCUGCUGAUCUAUCCGUUGACACACCGCCAAUAUCUUUAUGGCCACCGCUACCAAGUCCUCAGGGCUCAUCACCCCAAAUGCUAUCUCAUUACCAUGGCCCCACACCUUCUCACUUCCCCUUCUAUGAUAUGAACCAUCCCAUGAUGAGUGCUCCCGUCUUUGCGUUUGGCUCACCUGACGAAUCUGGCGGAACCCAGCCUCAAUCUCAAAAGCCCACAGGGUCGGCAGGUUCACGGCAUAUUGGUGCCUGGCAAAACCAUUCUGGUAUGGACUCGUUUUAUGGUCCCCCUGCUGGAUUCACAGGUCCUUUUAUCGGUUCACCUGGAGGUAUUCCUGGUGUCCAGGCUCCACCGCACAUGGUGGUUUAUAACCAUUAUUCUCCGGUGGGGCAGUUUGGGCAGGUUGGUUUGAGCUUUAUGGGUGCCGCAUACAUCCCAUCAGGAAAACAACCUGAUUGGAAACAUGAUCCAACAUCUACUAGAAAUGAAGACGGCGUGAGUUCCAUGAAUAUGGUUUCUGGACCCCGCAACCCACCUAACAUGCAGCAGCCACACGUCCAGCAGCAUCUUGCCCCUGGUUCCCCGCUAUUGCCCAUGGGCUCACCUUUGACCAUGUUCGAUGUACCCCCGUUCCAGACUGCACCGGAUAUGUCGGUUCAAGCACGGUGGUCUCACGUACCAGCAUCAUCGCUUCAUGCAGUUCCUAUGCCACCACCAUUACAGCAACAGGCAAAAGUCAUGACUGGACCUUCUCAAUUCAGCAGCCAUGGAGGACGUCCUGUUGAUCAGUCAACGUUUCCUCCCAAUAGAUUAUCUGAACCUCAAGCAUCGGGUCCCUCGGUGGUGUCUCCGGUUGUUAGAGAUUCUACCAUCACCCAUUUCCCAGAUGAUCUUGGGUUGUUAGAUUCAUCUGGGCGGCCAUCCAUUUCUACCACAUCUUCUCCUGUCACCGUAAGCCAUAGCUCUUCAGCAACCGCCAAGAUCGGAGAAGGGGGUGGUGUGGAAUUUAAAAAUCAACAUCAACAGGAUAAGAAUAAAAACGGUAGUAAUAAUAAUAAUAAUCAUGGUGGUGGUUAUGGAUAUCAACGAGGUGGUGGUCUGUCUCCGAAGAACAAAUCCAUGUGGUCCCACCGUAGGAUAGGAAGAUACAUGGGGGCCGAAAAAAGCUUCCCGUCUACAACAAAAGUAAAGCAGAUUUAUGUGGCAAAACAGCCGACGGGAUCAUCUUCUACAGUGGGAUGAACAUUGGUGGGAUGUUGAUGGGAGAUUUUUGUCUUUGUUUGAUAGGGGUAUUAGAUUUAUGACGCUGAUGAAUAGUAUUUUUGGGUGAUUGAUGUAUUGAAAUUUUUGUUCAAAACCCUCCUGCUUGCCUGGAAAUACAACCUUCAAUUUGUUCCGGUAUGUUUGUAACAGUAUAACACCAUAAGCAUAACCCCAGAAAUACAACAUUACAUUAGAAGACU